GACAUCGACGCAUCCACACAUGACAAUCUUUUGCUUGUCACGGUGCCGGUUCCAUAAAGCUAUAUCGGGCAGGAAUAUUUCAUUGCUGAUAUCCUAUUUUAAAAGCAACUCGCCCAUUCCGAACCGAGACUUCUCCUUCAGUAUGACGGCUUAUGCAGGACAUAAACUGACAUGGGACCUUACCCCAGAAAGAAUAGAAACACAGGCCAAAAGUCUUAUCGAGAAAUCGAAAGCUGUCUACGACACUGUUGGUUCAUUGAACAAAGAUAGUGUUACGUAUGACAACGUUGUAAAGUCCUUAGCAGACAAUGACUGUGAGUAUGCUGUGCUGAGGAACAAUCUAGACUUCAUGCAACAUGUAUCUCCUAACAAGGAGCUCCGUGAUGCCAGUGUCGCCGCGGAUAAAAAACUCUCAGACUUUGAUGUUGAGAUGAGCAUGAGGAAGGAUGUUUUUGAUUCAAUUGUUGACUUUCAAGAAAAGCUAUCAGAUGGAUUGACACCAGAGGCUGCACGAUUUGUGGAAAGGAUGAUAAAGCAUGGAAAAAGGAAUGGACUUCACUUACCAAAAGAAACUCAGGAUAAAAUCAAAAAAAUUAAGAAGAGGAUGAGCGAACUUUCUAUAGACUUCAGCAAAAACUGCAAUGAAGAAAACACUGUUUUGGAAUUUACAGAAGAAGAAUUAGCUGGCGUAACAGAAGAUUUUGUGAAGAGUUUAGAUAAGACUGAUGAUGGAAAACUGAAGGUGACAUUAAAAUACCCUCAUUACUUCCCCUGUAUGAAAAAAGCAAGGAAUCCAGCUACAAGAGAAAAAAUGGAAAUAGCAUUUAAUUCCAGAUGCAAAAAAGAAAAUACGUCAAUUUUAGAAGAACUUGUACACCUACGGCAUGAGAAAGCCCAGCUAUUGGGCUAUCCCACCCAUGCAGCCUUCGUACUAGACAUGAGGAUGGCUAAGUCGGCAGAGAGUGUUGCAUCUUUUCUUAAGGAUCUGGCUUCCAAGUUGCAAAAGCUUAAGGCUGAGGAAACAAAACUUUUCUUGGAAUACAAGAAAGAGGAAUGCGAGAAGUACGGAUACCAGUUUGACAAUGUGAUUCGUUACUGGGACCUGAAAUACUACAUGACGAUGUCAGAGGAGAAAAAGUAUGCUGUGGAUCAAAACAAACUCAAGGAAUACUUCCCAAUGCAAGUCGUCACCAGUGGAUUACUGGAUAUCUACCAGGAGCUUCUCAGUCUCACAUUCAAGAAGAUGGAUGGUGCUCCAGCCUGGCAUGAAGAUAUCACCAUGUACAGUGUAACCUGUAAUGACUCUGCAGCACUGUUGGGAUACUUUUAUCUUGACCUUUUCCCAAGAGAAGGGAAGUAUGGCCACGCAGCAUGCUUUGGACUACAGCCUGGUUGUCUGCAGUCUGAUGGUAAGAGACAAGUGACUGUGGCAGCCAUGGUAGCAAACUUCACCAAACCAACAGAUGAUAAACCAUCUCUACUGACCCACGAUGAGGUUGAGACUUAUUUCCACGAGUUUGGUCAUGUUAUGCAUCAGAUCUGUGCCCAGACAGAUUUUGCUAUGUUCAGCGGUACCAAUGUGGAGCGUGACUUUGUUGAGGCACCGUCACAGAUGUUGGAGAACUGGUGUUGGGAGAAGGUGCCGUUGUCCCGGAUGUCCUCCCAUUACAAGGACGGCAGUGCCAUUCCGGAAGAGCUACUUCAGAAACUCCUCCAAAGUCGUAUCGCCAAUGCAGGCCUUUUCAACCUUCGCCAGAUCCUACUGGGCACUUUUGACCAGACCAUCCACACGCAAGCAGAGGCUGACACUGCUGCUGAGUUUGCCAAACUCUCCAAGGAUAUUCUAGGUAUUGAGAUGACACCGGGGACCAACAUGCCAGCCUCAUUUGGACAUCUGGCCGGCGGAUAUGACGCUCAAUACUACGGAUACCUGUGGAGCGAGGUGUUCUGUAUGGACAUGUUCUACUCACGGUUUAGGAAGGAGGGCAUCAUGAGCCCCAAGGUUGGCGGUGACUACAAGAAAUUCAUUCUACGUCCCGGAGGCUCAAUUGAUGCUGCUGACAUGCUAAGGAACUUCCUCGGACGUGACCCCACACAAGAGGCCUUCCUCAUCAGUAAGGGACUCCAGACCGCCUCGAACCUGUAGUUAUGCAGACUCGCCAUUGCCAUCACUAUAAAACCUUUAAUCAGGGAUUCCUUAUCAAAGAAUAUUUAUAGCAGUGUGGUAACAAAACGGUAAAAAGGCUUUUGCUAAAAAAACUUGUACAGUAUGGAAAAAGUUGUGAUUGUUUAACCGAAUCAUACAUGCAAACAGAACAACACCUUUUAAUCAGUGAUUUAGUUUCAUGGAAUAUUGAUGUCUGUUUCAGUGUAUCUGAUACAUACUGAUGUAAGAAUUACACUGGGUUGCUGUAUGUAAUGUUAGCUUAACAGGCUUAUAAAGUGUGUCCCUUAAUGUAAACCAAUAAGUCAUUCUGUAAUGUGAACCAGACAGGGUUGAAAUAAUCCAAGACUUUCUAUAAGAUGUGGACCAGACUGACUUGCAAUUGGAAACUAUGCUGUGAUCUUUAUAUUGUACUUACAUAAAUGCAUAAUUUUCUUUGUAUCAUAUGAAUUUUGAAGUUCAUAGUGCUGUAUUGUGCCAUUUUCUUUAUGUGGAGAUUAUAAUAUCUGAAAUCUUUUCUCUGAAGGUAUGAAUGAAUCUUCGAAUUGAUUGGUUUUACCAGAUUUUGUACUAUGUAACAGCUUGGAUGAUUACAGAAUUAAACAGCUUACCUUUUCUAUGUACUAAGUACUAUAAUAUGGUGAUAAAACCAUCAGCAGGUAAAUGAAGAGUACCUCCGUACUUUCAAAUGAUUUAUUUUCUAUCAACAUUAAGUGAAGAUUCAGGGUAAAGACAGUUGACGUCUAUUGUAACCAGUUAGGAGAGGGAGGUUUACAUAAAGAAUUUCAUUAAUGUAUUCUGUUUUUUCACUUAAAACCAUUUAAUUCAAACAUCCUGAGUGUGUACUUGUACCUACAUCAGAUUGUUUUACAAUGACGUGAAGACUUAAGGCUAUAUGCCACCUUACUGUGACAUGGCGACUUAAGGAUUUAUGCCACCUUACUGUGACAAGGAGACUUAAGGUUGUAUGCUUCCUUACUGUGACAUGGAGACUUAAGGAUUUAUGCCACCUUACUGUGACAUGGAGACUUAAGGAUGAAUGCUUCCUUACUGUGACAUGGAGACUUAAGGAUUUAUGCUACCUUAAUGUGAUAUGUAUACUGUCUUUUUAUGAAAGCUGAUAAAGAUUUGAUCAAAUAAGUGAUCUUCUAUUUCAAGAUGAACAAGUCAGAAGGCAUUAUAUUACACUCCAAUAAUUAGGAAACAAACUCAAGGGAGAUAAAUUUAGCAAAAACCACAGUUUAAAUAGGUAAGAUACCAUAUACCCUUAAUGCACACUGCAAUUGAAACUCUUACUGUAUGUUAGGAUCAACAAAUUCCUAUUUAAAUACUUCAAUGGAAUCAGUAUCAUGAUAAUGGAUGAUGGUUUUAUCAAAACAAACUCGUGCUUUCCAAACAUUCUACUUGGUCAUCAUUGUAAGAUUUCAAAAUUGAAAAGGUUUAUGUCAUUUGAUGUUUCCUUUAUGUUUCUGUUUUGUCAUUAGUGUAUAUUUCCACACAAAUUACUGUGAUGUCAUUUAUAGUACUUAUUUCUGCAUUUAUUUAAAUAAAAGAUAUAAGUGGCAUGUAUCAAGAAACUGAAACUUUUACUAUUUAUUACAUCCCUAUCAGACACACAUGUUACUCAGUUGACAAACAAAGUUCAAGGCAGAUAUACAACAUUUGCUUGCACCUGCCUAUUUUGAUUAUGACAUCAUAAUUGUUAUUUACUGUUUCCCAACGGGUCAGUGCAAAACUUACAAACAACUACAUAAAAUGUCAACUUUAUUAUCACAAUUGAAAGCAAUUUGACUCCUAGAAAUAGAAUAGAAAAGGCAGAAAAUGUUCUCACUAAAACACUACAUGUAUAGGUCUGUUGUGAAAACUGCUUAUAACUGAGUCAUUACUUUAUAGUGACUCACUUCUUUUGAUAAAGUACAAAGAGUUAAAAUAUAAGAUCUGCAUCUCUAUCAGUGUGAAUGCAUGUUAGUGCUCUGGAAAAUACAAUUUUCUUUAAUAAACAAUUUUUUGAUUUUGUUCA